AUGAAACCGGCCCGGGAUAAUAGGAUCUAAAUGUAUUGAGGUGUUUCGCACUAACCGUUUUUUAUCUAAUAUUUACAUUCGGUGAAGUUACAUAGUUUUCUUUGGCACUGAACAUCGAUGCUGAGGAUCACAGGAGCGGCUAAAGGCACUGGCUUUUUCUUCACGUAAACGACCCUUUUCCGUUUGAUACCUGUGAUUAUUCCGUCCACUGCGCUUCCUCUACACCUUACUUUGAGAGACAGUUCACCUGCCAUGGCUUGGAAAGUAGGACUCGUACUUCUUCUGUGCUGGGGUUUCAGCUCGUGCGAGCCCCACGAGGAUGAUACGCUGGAGCCUGAGGAGACAGCGCGCGCAGAAAUGCAGAGGGACCCACCGCAGCAAAGUUUAGAUUUCGGUUUCGUGCCCUCAGUGGUCUACGAGACACAUGCCUAUUACGAACCAGGAGCCAUCGGGGCACUGUUCCACAUGGUGCAUGCAUUCCUCUAUGCGGUUCAGCCAAAUCCUUUCCCUAAAGAUCUCAUCAUUAAAGUGAUCCAGCAGAACAUGGGUGGGAUCAAGCUGGAGGAGUACCAGAGGGCCAUCUACUACCAGCUGGGCUUCAUCGUGCUGGGCGUGAUGGGGGUGCUGUUCGUGGUGUUCGCGCCCCUGGUGGGCCUGUUCUUCUGCUUGUGCCGCUGCUGCGAUAACUGCGGAGGGGAGAUGCACCAGAGGCAGAGGAAGAACGCAGACUGCCAGCGCGGCUUCUACACCACCAUGCUCAUCGCCACCUCCGUCUUCCUCACUGGUGGAGUGUUGAUUGCAUAUUCAGCCAACCACAACCUGAGUUCCCACAUCAAAAGCACCAGGAGACUGGUCAACACCAACAUCAGGGACCUCAAGUCCUUUGCCAACACCACACCAGCGCAAAUAGACUUCCUGACAGCGCAGUACACCACAGCCAAAAACAAGGUCCUCUCCGACCUGGAUAACAUUGGGACGAUACUUGGUGGCCGGAUUCAAAGCCAGUUAGAGAAAGACGUUGUUCCCGCUCUGGAUAAUGCCCUACGCAUGACUGGAGCCAUGCGGGAGACCAAGGAGGCCCUGGAGAACGUCAGCACGUCGCUGGAGAUGCUGCAGGAGGCCACGGGCCGUCUGCAGAACAGCCUGCAGAACGAGCGCACGUCCCUGAGCAACACGCUCAACGACCCGGCCUGCUCCAACGGAGACGUCUCGCACACCUGCAACACCGUCAGGGGCACGCUCAGCCAGCUGGCCCUCAGCGCCAACUUCAACAGGCUCCCUGAUGUAAAUGCCCAGCUGGCCAAUGUGGACGAUGUCCUUAAAACUGACCUCAGCAAUAUAGUCCAGAAGGGUUACUCAGCCUUCAAUAACACUCCAAAGCUGGUUACAGAGCAGACCCAGAAUAUAGUCUCAAGGGUGAAGGGCAUGCUGGAUAAGGUCGGAGGAGAGGUCAUCGGCUUCACAAAAAUGUUUCCACUGGAGCCGGCUCUGGUCAACUUCACCCUGUUCCUGACAGACGGCCAGAAGAACAUUGAGUCCUAUUACCCUCAGAUCGACCAGCUCGACUUCUACAGGUGGAUCGGCUGUGUAGCCAUCUGCUGCAUGGUGGUUCUCAUCCUGGCCUUUAACUUUCUGGGCCUGCUGUGUGGAACCUGCGGCUUUGACAAGAACGCCUCCCCCACCACACGGGGCUGCCUGUCCAACACCGGUGGCAACCUCCUCAUGGCUGGUGUGGGUUUCAGCUUCAUCUUCUCAUGGGCACUCAUGGCGAUCGUGGUGUCCACGUUUGUCGUCGGGGGCAACGUGGAGAAACUGAUCUGUGAGCCGCUGGCCAAUAGAGAGCUGUUCAAGAUCAUUGACACACCAUACAUGGUGCACCCAGUAAAGAAGAAUUUCCUGCCAGGCAUGCUGUUUAAUGACCCCAACAUUGACCUGACCAUCGGCAGCAUGUACAGGGACUGCUAUGACAAUAAUGGCCUCUAUUCAUCUCUACAGUUAGAGAAAAAGUUUAACUUCAACAGAUUCCUCAAUGGCACUGUGUACAACCCAGAGCUGGCCAAGGUGUUUAACAGUAUACGGGUGGACAUGGAGGGCAUAGUGCUGCUGGAACAAGAAGGGAGGGAUAAUCUGCUCAACUUUGUCAACACUGGCGUUGGCGAGAUAGAGUACGAGGACUAUCUGGCUGAGGUGAACAAAGGCGUGACUGUGGUGGAUUUGUUAUCGUUCGCCAACGAACUGGAAGCCCAGGCCGACCAACUGCCCCGGGGAGCCCUGGCCAACGCUCUCAAGGGCCACUCCAGCAGCAUCCGCCAGAUACACAAGGAGCAGGUGGUGCCCAUGGAGCAGGCCAUGAAAUAUGUGCGAGCUCGGAGUACUCUGAGUUCCAGUAUCAGGCUGCUGGAGAGAACAGCCAAGGAGCUGCCGAAUAAAGUCACCAAUGUACUGACUGCCAUCGACUCUGCAGAGUAUCUCAUCACCAACAACGGCUCAUAUGUUGUCAAACAGGAAACAGACAAGUUUGUGCAGAGGGUGGUGGGGUAUUUCAAACAAUACACAAACUGGGUCAGACAAUCGCUCGACGCCGAGGUGGCCCAGUGCAAGCCCAUCAGUAACCUGGUGGACUCCCUGGAGAUCGUAGCCUGCAGCUUCAUAGUGGAUUCUGUGAACACUUUCUGGUUUGGACUCGGUGGGUGCUGUUUGUUCUUAAUCCCAAGCAUCAUUCUGUCUAUAAAACUGGCCAAAUACUACAGGAGAAUGGAGACAGAGGAUGUUUUUGAUGAUUUGGAUUUUGCUAAUAAUGGUUUUCAUAAUGAACAAUUGCAAGGCAUUCACAAUCCAGUCAUGUUCAGCAUGCCGUCUUAUGACACUAUGUGUCGGUACCCUCGAGCCUCGGCCCCUCCUCAGCAGCCCGACUGGUGACCCACACCCACACAGUGGUAAUGAGAACUGGAGCUAAUCUGUCCUCCCUG